AAGGCCACAAACAUUUCCCGAAGAAAGAAAAAGGCAAAAAGCGCCAAAGAUAACUACCAAUCACACUGAAGGAAUUCCUUGCUUACAUAUUGUGGCUGGAAACUGAGCGCAUAUCAAAUGGAAGUUCUAAGAACCUCUGCCGCUUUUGCAGUCAGCAAUUCCAGCAGAAAUCCCACUGCUUUUGUUCCGGAGGUGCUUCUCUGUAAUCAUCUUACGCCGAGGAAAAGUGGAUGUCGAGCAUCCUGUUCUUUUUCUAGUAACGAAAAGAAUACUGCAAAGUUCUUUUCAGCUCAGUUUCUGAAUAGGAGCAACAGAUACAAAAAGUUUCUUAAGUCGCUUUGGCGGCUGGACGGAAUUUUUGUUUUGCACCGUGGUUUCUUUGUGCUAAAGACUGAAUUUGUUCCCGGGCUGCGGAAAUUUGCCAUCAUCCUCCAGAAAGCGCUACAAUGUGCUGAGAGGUUUAACAAUCCUGUUCCUGUGUUUUCACUCCGUCUUAUUGUUGGAGUGAUGCUUUUCAUGACAUUGGGUGCCGCUGUCACCAAAACUCCUUCCUGGGCCCUUAGCGAAGAAAAUCUUCUUUUCUUGGAGGCUUGGAGAACACUUGACCGCGCUUAUAUUGAUAAAACUUUCAAUGGGCAGAGUUGGUUUAGGUACAGAGAAAAUGCACUACGCAAUGAACCUAUGAACACAAGAGAAGAGACUUAUGCGGCUAUAAGGAAGAUGGUUGCUACUCUGGAUGACCCUUUCACUCGGUUCCUAGAGCCUCAAAAAUUUAAGAGCCUGCGGUCAGGAACACGGAAUACUCUUACUGGUGUAGGGCUGUCUAUUGGAUACCCUACUGGAAAAGAUAAAUCGACUUCUGGAGUGGUGGUUGUUUCAGCUGCUCCAGGAGGCCCAGCAAAUAGGGCUGGAGUUCUGUCCGGCGAUUUAAUCCUUGCAAUUGAUGACACAAGUACAGAAAGCAUGGGAAUAUAUGAUGCUGCUGAACGAUUGCAGGGACCCGAAGGAAGUACAGUGGAGCUUGUUGUACGUCAUGGUUCUGAAACAAGGCACCUGUCCUUAACACGAGAGAAAGUUUCACUGAAUCCGGUGAAGUCCAGAAUAUGCAGAACUCCUGGUUUGGGGGUGGAUGGCCCUCUGAUUGGAUAUAUCAAACUAACAUCAUUCAACCAAAAUGCUUCUGGUGCUGUGAGGGAAGCUAUUGCAACAUUGAGGGGAAACAAUGUUAAUGCCUUCAUACUGGACCUUAGGGAUAACAGUGGCGGCCUCUUCCCUGAAGGAGUUGAAAUUGCUAAAAUCUGGCUGGACAAGGGUGUCAUCGUAUACAUUUGUGACAGCAGGGGUGUUAGAGAUAUAUAUGACACAGAUGGAAGCAAUGCAGUGGCAGCUUCUGAACCCCUAGUGGUGUUGGUCAAUAAAGGAACUGCAAGUGCAAGUGAAAUUUUAGCUGGUGCUCUAAAGGACAACAAGCGUGCUGUACUAGUUGGAGAGCCUACUUAUGGGAAGGGUAAAAUUCAAUCAGUUUUUGAGCUGUCUGAUGGCUCCGGCUUGGCUGUAACUGUUGCUCGUUAUGAAACACCUGCCCACACUGACAUUGAUAAGGUUGGCAUAAUCCCAGACCGUCCCCUGCCGGUUCCAUUUCCUAAAGAUGACGAGGGUUUCUGCAGCUGCUUUCAAGAUCCCGCCUCUGCUUGCUAUCUCAACAGAGUUGAGCUAUUCUCCCGAUGAAAGUUGCUCUUUAACAUUUCCUGUGGAUUCUUUAUUCUUUGUACAUCCUCCUAGACAAGCUGGAAGGCGAAAUGUUUAUCCGACUAGACGGCAGAAUAAGGAAAAGGACCUCACUCACCAUUGACAACUAGUAGAAAGAUCGUCCAAGUUAGAAUAACAGCGGCGGAGUACGUCUUCUGUCGUAUGAAAUGUGAUUUUUCGUGUAUCAGAUUACAUUCGGGACCUGUCUAACUAGGUGAUCUCAUUGAAUGUUUAUGAAUCCAAUGUAAACAAGAAUGGAUAAGUGAGAAAAUCAGCAUAGUUUAUCCAACUCUGUCUGUUUGAUUAUAUGGCACUUGCAUGGAUUAAUUUCCAGCUGAGCUUACUAUCUGGUGUAAUUGGAUUUUCCCUAUUAAUAGUGUUUACAAAGAUCUUAUGGGCC